AGUUUCAUUCUUCUCGUUCCUUCUCCUCCAUUUUCAUUUUUUUCUUUAUUUUGAAAUCUUCCAUUUUCAAUUUCAAUUCUAAUUCGAAUUUUCUAAAUUUUACUUUCUUUUCUUCCCCUACAAACAAUCUCUUUCUUAAUUCAUAGUUCAGUUCAGUUCAGUUUUUCGUUUCCUCGUUGGCAUCGAACUUGAAGAAGAUGUUUACAAGUUGUGCUAUAAAACAACGCUUCAUCUAUUAUACCUCUGUUUCGUCUUCUUCUGCCACUUUACUUGAGACUGCUUCGGCCAUUGAUUGAUCUUUGUUCUGUAGAUCCCUAAGGCCUCAUGUUGAUUUCUCUUUUAUUUCUCUCCCCUUAGACCUGUUGACAUCUCUCAGACUCACCUCCUGCUUCAGAUUUUGUAUGCUAGUUGAAGUAUGUGCUGUGGUCCAGAGAGAUCAAAAUCUGGCAACAAAGAUAUGAAUAACCAUAUUGUUGAGACUGAAGAUUCUUUUUCCAGCUUACUUGAACUUGCUUCUAACAAUGAUGUUGAAGGCUUUAAGCGAGUAUUAGAGCGGGAUCUUUCUUGUGUUGACAAGGUUGGGCCCUGGUAUGGCCGUCAAAAAGGCUCAAAACAAAUAGUUUGUGAGCCUAGAACUCCAUUGAUGGUUGCUGCUACCUAUGGUAGUGUUGAUGUUAUUAAGCUUAUACUUCUGCAUUCUAUGGCUGACGUAAAUCUAUCAUGUGGCCCGGACGAAAGCACUGCUCUUCAUUGUGCUGCUUCUGGAGGUUCACCUAAUAUGGUUGAUGUUGUUAGACUUCUCUUAGCUGCAGGUGCAGAUCCAUGUUGUGUUGAUGCCAAUGGUCUACGUCCGGUUGAUGUUAUUGCUGUUCCACCAAAGCUGCAGGGCAUGAGAGUCGCUCUUGAAGAACUUCUUGGAAUCAAUUGUGCUUCUGGUGUUACACAUGAUGUUGAGCGCAGUUUAACAGUGUCGAUUAGUUCUUCUAAUAGUAGCUCCCCAAUCCUCUCUUCAUCAGGCAGUGAGUCACCACCAUCUCCUACUGAGUUAGUAUCGUCUCCAAUGGCCUCAAAGUUUAAUGAUGGAUCUGUCAGUAUUGUGGCUGAAAAGAAAGAAUACCCAAUUGAUCCAUCUCUCCCAGACAUUAAAAACAGCAUUUAUUCGACUGAUGAGUUUCGGAUGUUCUCCUUCAAAAUUCGUCCUUGUUCCCGAGCAUAUUCCCAUGAUUGGACGGAGUGCCCUUUUGUCCACCCAGGGGAGAACGCCCGACGAAGAGAUCCUCGGAAGUUUCAUUAUAGUUGUGUGCCUUGCCCUGAUUUUCGUAAAGGUUCUUGUAGGCGUGGUGAUAUGUGUGAGUACGCUCAUGGAGUGUUUGAGUGCUGGCUACACCCGGCUCAAUACAGAACUCGGCUUUGCAAAGACGGCACAAGUUGCAACAGGCGGGUUUGCUUUUUCGCCCACACAGCUGAAGAACUUCGCCCCUUGUAUGUCUCUUCUGGAUCUGUGGUUCCUUUACCACGAUUGUCUGUAAGCAGUGCUGGUGUCAUGGAUAUGGCUGCCACAUUGAGCCUUAUCCCUGGAUCUCCCUCAUCGCUGUCUGCCAUGUCACCUAAUCCCUUUACUCAACCCCUGUCUCCUUCAGGGAAUGGCAAUAUGCACUCAUCCAUGGCGUGGCCACAACCAAAUGUGCCUACACUUAAUCUUCCGGGGAGCAACAUUCAAUCGAGUCGCUUAAGGUCUUCCCUCAGCGCAAGAGAUAUCACUGCUGAUGAUUCUAGCGUGUUAUCAGAACUUGAUACCCAACAACAGAUUUUUAAUGAUCUAACUUGCAUUUCACACUCACGAAACAAUUCUGUGUCUUUGAGUCGCUGUGGUCGGACUAAAACACUGAAUCCCUCAAAUCUUGAGGAGCUCUUCUCUGCUGAGGUUUCUUCAUCUCCUACGUAUUCUGAUCAGGCUGUUUUCUCCCCUGGCCACAAAUCAGCUGUUCUCAACCAACUCCAACAACAAAGCAUGCUCUCUCCCAUUAAUACAAACGUUUUCUCUCCGAAAAAUGUAGAGCACCCACUAAGGCAGGCUUCGUUUGGAGUUGGAUCUCCUGGUAGAAUGUCACCAAGAAAUGUGGAGCCAAUUUCACCAAUGGGCUCUAGGCUUGUGGCAUUGAUGCAGCGCGAGAAGCAGCAACAUCUACACAGCCUCAGCUGGAGGGACCUGGGAUCCAAUAACCCCGUCCCCACAGUUGGUUCUCCUGUAAAUGCAAAUUCUUUGUCUAAAUGGGGAUCUCCAAAUGGAAAAGUAGACUGGUCUGUGAAUGGGGAUGAACUAGAACUUUUACGGAGAUCAUCUUCAUCCGAUCUUCAGAAGAGCAAUGGUGAGGAGCCUGAUUUAACUUGGGUUCAGUCUCUAGUUAAGGAAUCGCCACCUGAGAUGAUGAAAGCGAAACCAACAGUUCCGGCUUCCAGUGCUGCAUCUUCCAGUGAGGGUUUGAGUUCUAAUUCUCUUACUGAUCCCAUCCACCAUUCGGUUAUUGGGGCAUGGCUUGAGCAGAUGCAGCUUGAUCAGCUUGUAGUCUAGCGAAUAAAUUCAUCUUAAUCACUCAAAUUGAUGAUAGUUAAAGCACAUUUUCACGAGGUACAUAUUAUUUUGUUGGGAAAUUUUGGGAAAGUAGAGAUGGUUAAAGCUUUGAGAAGAAUGACUUGAAAGGUUAAGGCAAAUGAUUCAAUCUGUUUUAUAUCUUCCAUUUUAUUGUUUACAAUAGAAAUUAAGAAAGUGGGAAGAAGAAGCCAGGCUUUGGUCUCUUUCUUCAAAAAUUUCUGCUUUUAGGAUUAUUCUUACUGCUAAAUUCUCUUCAAAGGAAAAAAAAGCUGAUACAAGACCUUUGUUGUAUCUUUUCAUGUCUGAUUUGUUUUGCUCUCAAAAUAUUUCAUUGGAUAGUUUGUUGACGAAGGACAUGGGGGCAAGGUGGGGUUGGGUGGAAGGGAAGGGUAAUUCGUUUUGAGGUUUCCAUGUUAUUGGGAUGCCAGUUUGUUUCCUUUUAUUGUUGUAAUACUAAAUUCAAAGCUAUUAUGUUUUUCUUUCCUAUUUUCAAUUUCAACCUUCUUGGCCUACUUAA